AUGUCUGACAAUGAAAACCAGAAAAACAGUACAUCACCGGAAUUCACACCUAUAGGGUCGAAGUCCGGUGGUGUUGCCGAAAACACGAUGCAUACAUUCUCAAACAUGACUCCAAUUUUAAAGUUUACAGAUCGAAAUACGCAAACAGACACCAACGCAAAUGCAAACUUCGGUAGAAACUUUGAUCUGAAAGGUAGAUAUUCUAGUGCUGAAUCGUCUAGGAAACCAAAUUCGACUAGUUUUACCUUACGUCGGUCGCAAGCCAGAUUGAGUAGAAAUGAUGAUUAUGAUGAUAUACUUCAGUCUUCAUCAGUAGCAUCCUCCAUCUGGGAGGAUGAACUAAACGAACGGGAAAGGGCAGAUAACCCUAACAAUGAUCCUUUUAGUAGAAGGUCGGCCGAUAGUGCUAACAUGGAGGUCCCUAUAUUAAAUGGGAAGGAAAAGAUAAGAGAUGAUAUGAUUGGGGAUGACUCGAAUAUGUUAAAACGGCAGUUUGAUUUACUGACCAAAUUGCAAUCUGAAAAUACAAACUUGAAGGUUGAAAUUGUUUCACUAAGACAACAUCUUUCUGGCCUACCAAGUGAUUCGGCUACUUUGAUCGAUGAAAAUAUAUCAUUGAAUAAGAGGAUAGUUCAACUUGAAAACCUGUUGAGAGAUAAUGGCAACGAAGCUAGGGAUGACUUAAAAUCCAAAGUGAGAGAGUACAGUGAGAGGCUGGAUUCUCUACAUCGUGAUUAUGACAAUGUUCUUAAAGAAAAGGAACAACUGAUUCAUGAUAGCUUUAAUAAGGAAACAGAAUUGAAAAAGCUACAAAAAUCCUAUGAUGAAUUACAGGAUGAUUAUGAGAAGGUUGUACACCUACAAGGUACCGUUGAAAAAUUAGAUGCCGAAAAUCAAGAACUACAGGAUAGACUUGAUGAUCAAAUGGAGAAAUAUAGUAAACUUCAAAACGAACACGAUCAGAUAAGCCACAGCCACGAGUUGAGUAAACUAAAUUCUGAAAUAGAUCGUCUAGAGGAUGCCAACCUUGAACUCCAAAGAGAGUUAGAUAAAGUAUCACAGGAGAAAGAAAAUUUGGAAACUCGAUACGAAAAUUUGAAAGGAGAAAUUGAGCAACAUGACUUAGACAAUGAAAAAGUGACCCAUUCACCAUCACCAAACAAUUCGUUUGUUAUUACAGAUAUGCAAGCCGAAAUCGAUGCGUUGAAGGAUAGAUUAAGUGCGGCAGAGACUGAAAAGAGAACCCUGCAACAAAAAUAUGAUAGGGAUAUACGCUUGAGUUACCAUUCUUCUCGAGAGAAGGUUGAAGAUAUGACCAAACGUUUAGAAGAAUCUCUGAAGACCAUCGAUGGUCUAGAUGAGCAGUUAUCAGAUAAAGAAAACGAGAAUUUAACGUUACAUCAGGAAAUCAAACAACUUAAUUUGCAAAUUGAGUCAUUGCAACGGAAAAACAAACUAUUAAAUGACCAAUUAAACCACUUGAAAGAUAAUAAUUCAGAUUCGACUAAACUAUUAACCAAAGAAGUUGGUGAUUUGUAUGAUAAGAUUGAAGACUAUGAAACAGUGGUUCAAAAGCUGAAAAGUCGUAUUAAGGAUUUGGAGGACUCUUCUUUAGAGAAUCGAGCUGAGUACUUGCGAGACUUAGAAGACGAUAAAAACCAGUUAUAUGAAAGUUUAGUGGAAACUGAGAAAAUAAUAAAGGAGAAAGACUCUGAGAUAGCGAGCCUGAAGCUUCAACUAUCAUCUACCGAAAAUAAAGAAAGAGAAGAGUAUGUGAAAGUUGAUGAUUUGAUUAAAGUUAAAGAACACGUUGAACGUGAACGAUUAGAACAUGAAAACGAAAUUAAUACCUUAGUUGAAGAAAGUCGGAAGAAAAUAGAAAGUCUGAUUGAUGAGAUAGAAAAACUAGAAGAUUCUAAAGAUAAGCUGAUUGAGACUUACGAAGAUCUACGUAACGAAUACGAAAAUUUACAAACAAAGUAUGAAGAACUAGUGAAUAGCGCCGAAGUGGAAGAGUUAAGUAAUGACCUGGCUAAGAUCACCAUUGAGUAUAAGAGGUCACAAGACGAAAAUGAUCAAUUAAUAAAAGAGUAUUCAUCUGAGGUUGAGAUUUUAAAUGAACAAUUAAAAUUAAAAGAUUACGAUAUCAGCCGGUUAAGGGAUGAGUUGCAGAAUAAACAUCCACUAAACACUGAAAGUAUCAAUACCAAGCUAAACUCUUUAGAGGAAACAAUAAGGAACAUCACCGAUAAAAAGGAGGAAAUUGAAAAAUUAAAAAUUGCCUUGGAAGAUGAAAACUUACUAUUGAAAAAUGAAAAUAAUCGAUUAAAAACCAAAGAGAACAAGGUGGCUGAGAACUUGAAAGAGUUUGAGGAAGAUAAUAACCGACUUUUAGCUGAAAUGAAGUCUAAAAAAGUUGAAAUUGAGCAACUAAACAGAGAGAUACUACAGUUAUCUAGCAGAAACAGGCAGCUGGAGAGAUUGAAUGGUCGCUUAACAAAUGAACAAGAUGAAAUUCUAAUUGAAACCAGCAAGGCGUCUAACACUGUGAGUCAACGAGAUACUGACAAUUCCAUGAAGCUUCGAGAGUAUGAGUUAAAGCUGCAAGAAAAGACAAACCAGUAUAAUAACAUAGUUGAAGAAUAUAAUUAUAUGAAGAACGAUUUGAUUGAGCGUUUGAAGGAUAUGAAAAAAGAGAUUAAAAGCCAGGGCCAGAAUUCACAAGAGGAGAUUAGACAAUGGAAGGAUAGAUAUGAAAAGACAAACGAGAAAUUGAAAGUUUCUGAGAGACACCUUGACAUUUUGAAAAAAGAGUUGAAAGCUGUCAAUGAAGAGUUAGAAAACGAGCGAGAGCGUGAUCUUGGUAGAAUGGAUGAACCAUGGUAUCCGCCUACACCAGAAUCGCCGAGUCGAGAAAUUGAUGAAACGAUGCUCAACAAAUUAAAGAUAUUAAAGUUGCAGAAGGAUAUGUUAAUGAUCAAAUUAAACGAGAGAAAUGAGAAAGUGUCCGAUUUGAAGUAUAUGCUAGGGUAUUUAAGAUUGGAGGUUGAAAAGAAGAAUGAAAUGAUAAAGCGGAAUAAAGGACUACUUCAAACUGUUGGAGUUAAAGAAGAUGAUGCGACAAUCAGAGACCCAGUAAGAAAGUUACGUGUUUAUUUCCUGACAGUAUUAUCAGGAAUUAGAUUUAAGAACAGGUUGAAUGAAAUAAAAAAGAGAAACCAACAAGUUCUCCGGUUGAAAAGUGACAUUAAACUGAGUAAAAGGAAUGUAUAA